UUGACAGCGUGACAGUUAGUUUAGAUGCGAAUGCUUUAAGUCCAAGUUAACGAUGGUUAAUUUCCUAGAUCUGCCAAACGAGGUUUUGAGUCAAAUUGUAGCUUGUCUCUCUUACUCGGACAGAGCAGUGCUAAAGACAACAUGUAAAAGGCUGUAUAAAAUUUGUAGCGAAAACGAUUUUAUAAGGAGAGAACGUAUUGUGAUCGAAAAUCAAACGGUUUCUCAAGACAAAGAUUGCCUAUUACUUUUGUACAGAUGCACUCAUCCAUUUUUCUCUGUUGUCUUAAAGAAUGUUCAAAUUUUGUACGACAGCCUUUUCUGGAUUGACUUUGGAAUUCAUAUUGAGAAAUUAUCGUUCAUUAAUUGCCAAAUAAAAUGCGAAAACCUUUACUACAUACUUGCUUCCUGUCAAAAUUUGCAAUAUCUAACUCUGAACAACAUAAAAGAGCUUUACACGUCAUUUUCCGCCCAAACGUUGACCAUGGACUCUUUAAUAUCACUUGAACUUUGUUCCCCUAUCGACAUUACCGACUACAUAUACCACACUUUAAUUAACAGUGCCCCAAACUUGACUCACUUGAGUGUGAAGAAUUGCAAGAACUUUUGCAAUCAACAAAUAUCGAACCAGUUCUAUCACAGAGGUGGCGAACCGUCUCUUUCGCCAUCAAAAACCAUAUUUUCGUUCACAUUCGUGACCUAUACAAUACGUUUGAGAAAGAAAAAAUUGACGAGUUUGGAUUUUUCCAACUCGUCAAUUACUAGGGAAGGAUUGUUCCUUCUUUUACCCUUAAACGGAUUCAAAUUGGUCAGUUUGAAUGUUUCCGGUUGCGACCAGUUGGUUAUUCCCAACUGGGCUGUAGUCAGUCGUUUGCAACCGUAUAUAGAAAAACUUUACUUAAACUACAUACCUGGCUGCCCAUUGGACGUUCUAUUUUCCCCGUUGCCCAAUUUGACCAUUUUGGAACUUGACGGCAUGCACAACUGCGCUGAACCUCCUCAUCGGAUCGAAUGUCCUUAUGACAAUUUAAAAGAGCUCUCGUUAAAAAACAGCUGCUGUGAAGCGGCUCAGAUAGUGUUUAAGUUAGUUCUACCGUCUGGAACUGCUAGAUUAGAAAAAUUUUCCCUUGGCGGAUGCAUGGGUUUACCAUGGAACGAGUUGUACAAUAAUGUGGAAAAAUAUAGCGCAACCCUCAUACAUAUUAAUUUCAGCGGAAGCGUUUGCGUCGACUAUAAAAUUUUGGAAAUAAUUUUCAACCGCUGCAAACGUCUGAAGGAGCUUUGUUUAUCAAACUGUCAAGGGGUUACUGACGGGGGCCUCAUCAGCAUCGAAACUGUUGACUUUGAGGUGGGAGAUUUGGAAGAUAAGAUGGAAAUUAUUAGCGGGGCUGCAAGAAGUGGAUAUUUCAGGAACAAUUCCAUCAUGAAUUUAACCAACUUGCAAGCUCUAAGUCUGAAGAAUUGCAUUUGCGUAACAGAUUUCAGCCUUAAAGCCGUCUUCAAGUUCAAAGAAUUGAUUUCGUUGAAUUUAUCGGGAUGCCAAAAUAUCACUAUGGAAGGUAUUCGAUCGUUGAUUGCAAGCGUGCCGAGUUUGGAAAUAUUAAAUUUGUCCACGUGCUAUAACAUUGACGACGAUGGCAUAAAUGUAAUUUGCAAUGGAUUUAAAAGACUGAAGAAACUCAUUUUGGAAGGUUGCAUUCAACUGACCGACGAAACGCUUGAAGCAAUUCUUUCUACCCCGACCAUUCAGCAAAUGAAUGUUAAAGGGUGUACAAACCUCAGUGAGGAUUUUCUUCAAAAUAUUGAACUCGUUUUGGAAAAUAGAAGAUCUUUGUAUUAGAAUA